AUGCGUGGCGUGUUCCUGGCCAAGUCGUCGUGGUACGUGGUCAACCGGGAGACCACCCCCACCUUCGCCGACCCUCGCGACAGUGACGAGUACGCCAAGACGCACAACAUUGCGUUCGGCUUGAUGCUGCUUCACAUGAGCGCGGAACACCAUCACGUGGUUGAUGAGUAUGAAGAAGCGUGGGUUGCGUGGGCGCCGUUGAGGACUCUCUAUGGCGGAUCCAUGAAGGCGGGAUGGAUCUUCUUGAAGAGACAGCUGUUCAGCAUGGAGAUGGAAGAAGGCGUCAAUGUAAUGCACCAUUGA